UCGAGCUCUUUCUCUCUGUGUCCUCGCGGAACCCUUCGCUCCCCUCUCUACCCCCCCCCUCCUCCGCCCGGAACUGUCACGCGGGGGAGGAGCGAGCGCGUGCCCUAGCUGCCUGCCUGCUCCGCCUCCAGAGGGAGUUGUGGCACGUGCUUUUCUGUCGCGCAUCCAGUACAGCGUAGACGGCUGGCGGGCACGCUCAAGAGUCGCAUCCGCUCGUACGUCUUCGAGCUGCCGCUGCUCUCAGGAGGCCAAGUUCCCAGGCGCGCAUGCUCAGCGGUGGAGCGUUCACUGGCUAUAUGACUGUGUGAGGCGCACGCGCGCCCUCUCUCGUGUCGCCUCUGGCGCGCGCGCUCCGUGGGGCUGGCGCGCGCGCGCUGUUGUUAUUGGUGCCGCUGGCGGCGGCUGUUGGAGGGGGAGGGUGGCUCAGUCAGUGAGUUCUUUAAAGAUGGCCGGAGCGGCGGCGGCGACCGCGACCCCCGUGUACUGUGUGUGUCGGGAGCCCUACGAUGUGAGCCGCUUCAUGAUCGAGUGCGACAUCUGCAAGGACUGGUUCCACGGCAGCUGUGUCAAAGUAGAGGAGCACCAUGCUGUUGACAUUGAUCUGUACCACUGUCCCAACUGUGCAGUUCUGCAUGGACCAUCCUUAAUGAAGAAGAGGAGGAACUGGCACAGACAUGACUACACAGAGUUUGAGGAUGGCUCCAAACCAGUCCAAGCUGGAACACGGACUUUUGUUAAACAACUGCGGGCUCGCUCAUUCCCAAGUGCUGAUGAAAUCAUUUUGAAAAUGCAUGGCAGCCAGCUGACACAAAGAUACCUGGAGAAACAUGGGUUUGAUGUCCCUAUUAUGGUUCCUAAACUAGAUGGUCUUGGUCUCAGACUCCCUCCCCCUACCUUCUCCGUUCUGGAUGUGGAACGCUAUGUAGGUGGCGACAAAGUGAUAGAUGUAAUCGAUGUGGCAAGGCAGGCAGACAGUAAAAUGAAGCUUCAUAAUUAUAUUAAGUAUUUCAUGAAUUCUGAUCGACCAAAAGUGUUAAAUGUGAUCAGUCUGGAGUUUUCAGACACAAAGAUGUCUGAAUUGGUGGAAGUCCCUGACAUUGCCACAAAGCUUUCGUGGGUGGAAAACUACUGGCCAGAUGACUCUGUCUUCCCCAAGCCUUUUGUUCAGAAAUAUUGCUUGAUGGGAGUUCAGGACAGCUACACUGAUUUUCAUAUUGAUUUUGGGGGCACGUCAGUCUGGUACCAUGUUCUGUGGGGUGAGAAGAUCUUCUACUUGAUCAAACCUACUGAUGAAAAUCUGGCUCUCUAUGAAUCUUGGAGUUCCUCUGUCACCCAGAGUGAAGUGUAUUUUGGGGAUAAGGUAGACAAAUGUUAUAAAUGCGUGGUGAAACAAGGACAUACCUUAUUUGUUCCUACAGGCUGGAUUCAUGCUGUGCUCACAUCUCAGGACUGUAUGGCUUUUGGAGGAAACUUUUUGCACAACCUCAAUAUUGGCAUGCAGCUCAGGUGUUAUGAAAUGGAGAAAAGGCUAAAAACCCCAGAUCUUUUCAAAUUCCCUUUCUUUGAAGCCAUCUGUUGGUUUGUGGCCAAAAACUUACUGGAAACUUUGAAAGAACUGAGGGAAGAUGGUUUCCAGCCCCAGAACUUCUUAGUCCAAGGAGUGAAGGCUUUACUUAGUGCUUUAAAGUUAUGGAUGAAAAAAGAACUUGUAACAGAACAUGCCUUUGAAAUUCCAGACAAUGUUAGGCCUGGGCAUCUCAUUAAAGAGCUCUCUAAAGUGAUUCGCUCUGUAGAGGAGGAGAACAGCAAACCAGUUAAAACUCAGGGAAUUCUUGGUAUGUGCCCAAUUUCACGAUCCUCACAUGAAGCAACCUCUCCUCACCAUUCCAGAAGAAAAGUGAGGAAACUGCGAGAUCAUACAACCAAAGUUCCUUCUAAUCUGGAUAUCCUGGAGCUCCACACAAGGGAGGUACUCAAAAGGCUGGAGAUGUCCCCAUGGGAGGAGGACAUAGCAAACUCUAAACUGAAUGGAAGAUUUAACAAGCCCUUUCAGCCAUCUUCUACAGUACCUGAAUGGAGAACAAAAGACAAUGAUCUACGCCUUCUGCUUUCAAAUGGAAGAAUCAUUAGAGAUGAGCGACGACCAUUUACAGAUCGAAGUCUUUACACGGCAGACAGUGAGGAUGAGGAUGACAGGACAAGGUCAAAAAAGACGAAGACUAUUAAGAUGGAAGACCAGAGCUCAGGGUUGGAAGGACAAGGGACUGCAGAUGCCCAGAAACCACUGAACAUGUUCUUUGAAAGUGUGAAAUCAGAACUCAGGAAUGGAUCCUCAGAGUACUCUGAUAUUUCUGAUUCAGAAGAAUCUGAGCCUGAUUGCACUACCCAGCUAAAGAAUUCCUCUACAGAGGAGUCAGAAAGCUCAGGUGAUGAAGAGAAACAGGAGGUAACAUCAAAUUUCAAGGAAGAAUCUAAGAUAAGGGACCUCUGUCAAACUACCCAGAAGCCAUCUAAAAACGAAACUCCAAGUAAAGGGGAAUGUCCUACCUCGACAAGUACAGAAGAAGAAGCUAUUCAGGGCAUGCUUUCUAUGGCAGGAUUGCACUAUACCACAUGUUUACCAGGUCAUACACAAAGCACAGACUGCACAGCUAAAAGAACCUCUCAUCAGGAACACAGAAGUUACCCCAGAAGUAAGCAUAAGGACAGGCAGCCAUCCCAGAGUCAUAAAACAGAAUGUGGUAAGCACAUGAGGGAAGAGGAAAGAGGUGUGGGGACUUCAAUAUGGGCAAGACAGCUAAAUGCAGCUUCCAGGGUCACCCCUCAGGAUACAAGUAAAGCUCAGAAAUAUAUUAAGAAGGAGGGUGCAUCAGAAGCUAGUCAUAAGGUUCAGGAGAACAGAAAUUUUACACACAGCAAUGGCUUGAGCUUCCAACAUGGCAAGUGCACGCGGGACUCGACCCUUAUCCAAGGGGAGUGUCGGCUGAGUGAUGGCAGCCUCAGCCCUGAUAGGCCAUAUGGUGAGACGUCCUUGUCUAUACCCCUUCAUCCAACCAAGAGGCCAGCAUCAAAUCCACCCCCUAUUAGCAACCAGGCCACAAAAGGCAAGCGUCCAAAGAAAGGAAUGGCAACUGCCAAACAGCGCCUUGGGAAGAUCCUUAAGUUGAACCGAAAUGGCCAUGCACGCUUCUUUGUUUGAUGUGGCGGCUGCUGCUGCUGCUACUCCUACUACUACUGCUGUCUUUCCUUCACAGCCAGUAUUGAGGGCAACAGAGCCUGGAGCUGCUGCUGUUCCUCUGCCCGAAGUAGACUUGCAUGUACCAUGUAGAACACUGCCUAAUGAACAAAAAAACCAAUGCUGCAUUUUCACUGUGCCACACCCGCUCAGCAAUAACCAUUUGGGAAUGGGGAAACCUUCAGAGAGACAAUGGACUGGGAAACAGUCUCUCAUCAGGGCUUGAAUAUCACUUUGUUGCUGGUAGUGUCUGAGCUAAUUCAUGAGGGGAAGAUGAUAAAGGUGGUUAUCCAUAAUUUAUUUCUGACAGAUUUUUACAACUUUUAAAUUCAUUUUUAACUAUUUAUUUGGAAGACUUUUUUUGUGGGGGUUAUUAAUUUAGAUUUAAGAAUGUGAAGGUUUUUUAUUGUUCUUGAUGAUGUAUGUUUGGUGCAGCGGAGAGCCACAUUAAUGGUAAUUAGUCUGGACUCCUAAAUUUGAUAUUCAGGUUAUAGUCUUAAACAGGGAUGUGAUGCAUUAUUAAUUAUUUUUAAAUUAAGUCGUAUGGAAUCAUAUUUUAUAUUUUUUCUGCUCUUUAUAAGCUAUUGGUUGGGCUUUUGUUGCCCUGUAAGGUGCAUACACUCUGCCAGUUUAGUUCCCUUAGCCUCUCCCCAUUCUGUACACGUUGCUGACUCACCAAAGUGGAGAAGCAAAGACUCUUCUGUCUACAAGGAGAGCAUGAUUAUUCAAGUUCAGUAGCUAACAUGUCUUAAACUGCACCCCUCCCUCAAAUUGGGGUUUAUGCUCUUCCUCCUGACAUGGUUGGUGUUCGGUCCAGGCCAUGUGAUUUUUUUCUCAAGGAGAAAAUAAAAUCCCUUUGAGAAGUUUUAUUUAUACAACGUAGUUGAAAUGUUAGUACAGAGGAGAGCAGCUUUUAUCUUUUCCUGGGGGAUUGGAGAGAGUGCAAUAUGAUGGGUUAAGUUUCAUAUUUCCGAAUAAUUGUGUUGGUUGAAGAAACAAUUCUUAGAAUAUAAAUUGCAGAAUUAAGAUUUGGCAGAUUAUUUCCUGUGGUGGGUGGAGGGAGCACUAAAACCAGUGAUGAUCAUUAGUAUACUUCAAAAAUAUAUUUUACUGAGGAACUAAGGAGGCAGUUGAACAUGUGCUGCUUGCAAGGCUGCACAUGACAGCCAAUUUGAGUCUUAACAGGUGCAUAUGUAAGUGUUGAGUUUAGUAGCUAGCUGAUCUCAGAAUGAUCAUUUGUGCCAUGCUUUACAUAGAGCUGAUAGUGAAUGCCAAUUCUGAAUUAACUGUAAAUAAUGUUGAUUUUAAAUUUGUAUUUUUCUGUAAUAUAAAAUUAAAUAUUUAACUUUUCAGGGUGGGGGGAGAGGGGAACAACUUUACUUGAUUCUGUAAAAAGGGCAUUUUGCAGGGUCCAGCCAAAAGUAAAACAUUGAUGUGCGAGGGAUACCAUCUUGGAUUUUUCCUGUAUAUUGAGAGUGAAAAGGCUUGGCUUAGCUAUCCAAUUUAUUGAUUUGUCUUAACUCUACUCAGUUUGCCUGUCCUCCAUAUUCUGUCCUGAAUAGCUUCUUCCUGCCGUGCUUAAAAACAUUCAAUUUUACCUUCCAGAUUUACAUGUAGCAGAUUUACAUGUAUACAGCUAGAUUAGAAUAUGAAUAAUGCCCUUGGAAAUUUAUGGAAAUAUAUGCUGUCUGGAUUUCCUGAUUAUUGCAAGAUCAGAACUAGCUAGCUGAGGGCCAGCCCAUUUCUGGAUGAGAAAGUAUAACAUGGAUAUGCAUAGGGCAAAUAGCAUUCAUGAUUUUUCUUUCUCCAGAACUUGCAAAUUAUUGUUUUUCUCUUCGUCCUGGCCCAGCUUUUGAUUUGAAAGUAGUGUAGACAUCAAAGUUAAUUGAUUUUGCUAACCCAUAGCCAAAAACACACUGGAUGAGUUAAAGCUCUGUUGGCAGACAGUUUUUCUUUAAUACAUGCUACCAGCCCUGUUUAGGGUGAUGGGAAAGGAGACAAUAAAAGUGAUACUCACUAAUUACCAAGUAACAAAAGACAGGGAGCAGUUACUCUACAGGUUUCAAAAGUGACCACAAAUAAUAAUGUUCUCAGGCAAGAAAUUUUCCAGUCAGUAAUGAUGAGAAGAAAAAAUACUUUCAACAUUCGGUAUAAACAUUUAAUUCUAUCUUCUGAUACAUUCUCAUGGAAAUAUUUGAUAAAUGUGUACCAUGUUAUCAAUACUGGUUUAAAUGAUAAGAAAAAAGCUUACCUCUGAUCUGUUUGUGUCAGCUCAGGGAAAACCAGGUCAAAUCUGCCAGGCUUUGAGUAACUGGUUCAGUUCUGGCAAACCAAACCAAACUGCUUUUCGCUUACUAUCUUUUUUUUUAUUAAUUAAGACAACAGAAGUAUUUCACAAGGGACAUCAAGCAGAAUUGGAGGGGAGUAAAGACUGAUUUUUUUUUAAUGUAGAUUCUGAGAACACUAUUUACUGAAACAGAAAUAUGCCACAAUGGAAUCUUGAAUAAGGAGGUUUGGAAUAUGGAACAUACAAAAUGCUGCUUUCCCUGGGACUUGUCUGCAGCAGGUCUGCCUUCUAAGCCUCUUCAUUAGCAAAGUAUAUAGCUAUUAUCUUACUAGUGGAAAAAGUACUUGGCUGGACCCAUAUAUGUUUAAUGGUUAUUUCUAGUUUGUUUUCUUUCUUCCCUUCUCUCCCACUUUUUCAAGGUGGCUCUCCAUUGUAGUGAGUGUACUAAUGUCUUUUCAUAGGCUGUCAACAGGCAGAAGUUCAUUUCCAUUUUCUCCGUGUUUCCAUGCUUCCAGCAGAAGUCUUUAAGAGACUAAAACUUUAUUUGGGGUGAGAGGUAACCUCGGUCAAUCAGUUUAAAAGAAAUUGUCUUGAUUGAUAACAAAUGAGUCUCCUUCUGGUAGCUUGAUGAAGAGGAUGUGUUGACCUCACUUAUUCAUGUAUUUGUAUGUUGGGAUGUUUUUAUUAUAUUCUUGGAAGAAAACACUGUUGCACCAAACUUUUUGUAGAUGGACUGAACCUGGUGCUGAGAGAAAGGUGGAGAGGUGGAGAGAAAAUAACCUGUCUUUUCUCACAUUUCACUUUUGGGAUGGGGGGUAGAUGGAUAGGAGCACUGAGUCCUCCUAUGGGAACUCAUUUUCAAGGAGGAUAUUUAAAGGAAAAAAAAAUGAAGAAUUUGGACUUCAAGAUAAAAUUAUUAUACUUAUUUUUUAAACUUUCUGUUGCUAGAAGGAAAAAUGAUAUGAAAUGGAACACUUUGGGGUUUGCUCUUCUCCAAGUACUCAAGUUCUUAUAAUUUUUAAAAAGAAAUAUGUGAAAAUGGAAAGACCACCUAGAAAUUAUAUCAAGGACUCUUCCAGCAACUUUCCCCUUUCUUCCUGUACUAUACUUGCUAAUAAAGCUUGGCUACAAGGUAGCCCUUAAUGACCUCUGAGGUAGAUAACCUAUGCAACCUAUAAUAUUCUACAUGAAAUAAUUCUUGAAGAAAUCAUUUCAAAAGGGUUUGAUGUUAAGAAUGAAGAAUUGUUGCUUUCUGACCACAUUUUUAAGCUGAAGUACCUGUGUUAAUUUUAAUAGAGAUAAGAGCACAGUGUCAUGGCCAUCCUUUAAAAAGCUUCAGCUUUCCCAAGUUUUUUUAUAUGGCAUAGGCUGCUUUCAUUCACCAGGGCACGAAGUCCUAAAUUUUGAAAUCUUUGCAGGAAUUUAACCCAGGGCUGAGUCAUUAUCUGGCUGACCCUUGGUUGGUAAUUGUGGGGACUGAGCAGGGCUGAGGCUAGAACCAAACCAUAGCUAGUGGUCCCCUCUAGCCUCCAUGCCACCAAAAAUCUUAGUGUCUUUUUAAAGCUCUUCCAGACCAGGGUUGUCCAUGGCCCUGGGACUAAGCAAACCUAGAGCCACUUUAUUCUGCGGAAGAAAUAUAAAUGAAACCAAGGCCUUACUGUUUGUGGUUAAACUGGAUUAAAAAGCUGCAACAUCCAUUUAAAAAAAA